GUGAUGUCAUGAAUCACAAUGAAGAUAUUGAACAUCCUGAGACUAAACCAAUCUGUGUUUACCAGUGUGUGCAUUGACUAAGGAGAGUGGAGACAUUGUUCAACUUCAGAUUUUAAAACUACACCAGACUUGUAUUUGUCCGAACUUGUUCCUUUGUGUUCAUUGAAACCAACAAAUGCCCAGUUGCUGCACUGACUACCAAAAUUAUAUUUCUUUUUGCAAAGGCACUACAUGUAACUCCUUUGGCUGUUAAUGCAUAUCCUGUUUACCGUAUGUAACUGCUGGAUUUGACUUACCUAACAAACUACAAACUAAAAACGUUUCCUUAUCAGUAGUUCAAGUCAGUGGCCCUGUGACAGAGAUGUUAUUUUGAUAGUGGUACAUAGUGUAUAAGUUUUGCUUUCCUCGCUGGGUUGGGCAUCCGGCAACUUAACACAGCUUUUAAGAUGUUCUCAAUGCUACCUGCUCAGAAUGACCAGUUGGUCACAGGAGACUGUCUCAAGUCAGGAUCCUCCAUCUACCAUGUACAGUCUAUCCUUGGAAAGGGGUCUUUCAGCAUGGUCGCAAAAUGCACAAGGAUGGACGACAUGAAGAUUGUGGCCAUCAAAAUGAUGAAGAAUGAGGACGCUUAUGUGAUGCAGGCCAAGGCAGAGGUGGAUGCUCUGACGAGACUUAGAUCACUGGACCCAGACAAAUGUAACCUUGUCCGAUGGCACCAGGUUUUCACCGACAGAGGACACAUUUGCUUGGAAUUUGAACACCUGGACAAAAGUGUUUUUGACUUCAUGAAGGAAAGGUGUUACCAACCUCUUCAUCUGAUUGAGAUCAGACCCAUCGCCCAACAGCUCGCCAAUGCCCUCAAUCACUUGAAGGCUGCUGGGAUGAUACAUGCAGACCUCAAGUUGGAAAACGUGAUGUUUGUCAACCAUCGACAGGAGCCAUUCAGAGUCAAAGUGAUUGAUUUCGGCCUAGCCCGGACUGUGUCGACUGCUAGGUCAGGCUCUUACAUUCAGACCUGUCACUACCGGUCUCCAGAAAUCCUUUUGGGACUUCCAUUCACAGAGGCCAUAGACAUGUGGUCUCUGGGCUGCAUGAUUGCUGCCAUGUACCUUGGCACCAUGCUCUACCCUGGCAUGAGUGAAUAUGAAAUGAUCAGGUACAUAGUGGAGACUCAGGGUCAGCCCCCAGACAACAUGCUCACCCUUGGCAGCAAAACUUGCUGUUUCUUCCAGAGAAAAGACACCUACUCCUCCACACUCUGGAAACUUAAGAGCCCAGAACAGUUUCAUAAAGAGACGGGGAUUCAGCCAAUGGAGAACAGGAUGUACAAGUUCGCCUCACUCGACAACUUCCUGAAUCUCCGGGUCAUCAACAGAAGGAAUUAUCAAGAUAAGAUUGCAGAGACGAGAGAUGUGGAGAUGUUCGUGGACAUGCUGAAGGGAAUGCUUAAGCUUGAUGCCUCCAAACGGAUUACACCCCGUCAGGUGCUGCAGCAUCGGUUCACCAGCAUGCACCACAUCAUCAACAUGUACCACCACAGCCACUAUGUUGUGUCCUGCUGUAAAGUAAUGGAUAUAUGCCAGAAAAAGGCCCCACUUGCCCACAGUGGUAAAACUGUGUGUGGAUCACAGCAGCAGCCCCCCUUCAGGACCGCCAACCCUGUCCAGUCCCACUGCAUCAACUCAAGUGCGUGCACCAGCACCACGACCCCGGGUUCAGACAGGCAAGGGAUGAAGACAAAUGUUGUUAAUGUAGAUGGGAAUAUAAACCCCACUGCCAGUGCUCUGAGGACCCACCCGGACAGCACCCACCCCCAUAAAGUCCAUGUCCUUCAAUCAGUAACCAGACCCAGAGUCAGGUCAUGUCAUGGUUGCAAAUAUACCAGAUGAAGAUGUAAGGCCAACAAAUACAGAUUUUAAAGCUGUCACACACAAGCUUUAGAUUUCAAGGCAGAUACCUCAUUGUUGUCCAAGUUCUAUAGGCCAAAUGAUAUUUCCAGGCCUGCCUGUUUUGUUGGGGGAAAAACUGCUGAAAAUCUGUCACAGUGCAGGUCACCAAUCUGAUAAUAAAUAAUAUGAAUAUGUCA